AUGAAUUUCCAAGAAAAUAAUUAUAAUUCCAGUAAUAAUAGUGAAAGUAGAAGUGGUGAAUUUGGUGCUGGUGGAUUUGAUGAAAAUAAUACCUUUUCUAAUGAUAGUAAUAAUCGUUUAGGCGAGGAAACCCUUGAAGAAUUAGAAAAAUCUUUAAAUCCUCCACCGAUUGAUUAUUAUGGAAUUCUAAAUGUUUCUAAAGAGGCCACCGAAAAUGAAAUAAAAGAUUCUUACAAAAAAUUGUGUAGAACUUUUCAUCCUGAUAAACACUUAGAUCCGGAAAGUAAAAGUACCGCGGAGAAAAAUUUUCAAAUAAUUCAUAAAGCUUAUGAAGUUCUUACUGACCCUACAAAAAGAACAAUUUAUGAUAUGUUUGGCGAAGAAGGUUUAAAUACUUCAUGGGAAGUUGGCUAUCGAUACAAAACUCCUGAUGAGCUUAGAGAAGAGUUUGAAAAAAAAGCGAGAGCUCAAAGAGAAGAAGAUGCAGAGAAUUUAGUUAGAUCAAAGGGUGACAUUGUUUUAAGUGUUGAUGCAAGACAAUUAUUUGAUUCGUAUGAUAUCCAAAGGUAUAACAUUGAGAAAAAGGAGAGAUUUAAAUUUAAUGACUUAUUUGAAAAAGUUGAAAUAACUCAAUUAUACCUGAAGAACUCUUUUGAGACUCAAUUCCAACCUGAAACAAAUGGAAUCAUUGUUGGCCAUACAGUUUUACGUAAUGGAAUUGGAGGUGGAAAUAUUGUCGGAACAUUAAGGCACACAUUUUCACCAAGUUUUUGGGCAGAAGUUGGCGCAUCUCUUAUUGAACCAAGAUUGCUGACUGUAAAAGGAACUUAUAACAUUGAUAAUGAUAGUUUUAUCACAUGUUUUGGAGACGCCAAUACAAUCUAUGCCCCUCCAACGUUUGAAAUUACUGCUGGUAGAAGAUUAGGUGGAUUUAACACUGGUUAUCUAACCUAUAAAACUGGUUCAUGGAUAUUAGGACCUUGGGGCAGAAGAUAUUCGGCGGGUGGUUUACGAGGUCGUGUUGGUGCUAAAUCUGCUGUCGCAAUUGGUAUUACCGGAGCAAAUGAUAGUAAAACUGGUUAUGGAUUGGAAUUACAAACUGGAAUAACGCAAUCACAUCUUUCUGCUAAUUAUAACAUGAAAGUAUUUGAUGAUUAUCAGUUAAGAGUUUCAACAACUUUAUCUACAUCAAGUGGCCUGACAAAUACUAUAAUGGGUGAAAGAAAAGUUACCAAUAGCACAAAAGUUGCUUUAGCUAUCGAUUUUGGAAUUCCUACUGGAAUUAUUUUUAGAUGCAGGUUUAAUCGUUUAGGACAAAAAAUUUCUAUUCCAGUACACGUGACUUCUGAUUUAGAUUUUAGAUUUAUUUUAUUUGGCACUUUAGUCCCAGUCGUUUCAAUCGUUUUCACGGAACAAGUUAUAUUAAAACCAAGACGUAAAAGAAUAAUGGCAGAGAAAAUAGCAGCAUUAAGACAACGUCAUUCCGAAUAUAUACAAAGUCGUAGACAAGAAGCAGAAGAAGCAAUUCGUUUGAUGAAGCCAUCUGUCGAAAGAAAAAUUGAAACAGAACAUGCAAAAGAUGAUGUUUUUGAUGUGAGAAUACCUGUACAAGCUUUGGUACACGAAUCACAAUUAUCUAUACCAGGUGGUUACUCAAAGUCUAAUAUUUUAGGUUUUUAUGAUCCAUGUAUGGGAGAGAAAAAGAAAUUAAGAAUUAGGUAUCAGUUUAAACGUAAGAUACAUGAAGUUAUUGUGGAUGAUAGAUCAACUGUUGUAUGUCCUUUACGAUCUCAUGUUAUAUCUGGUUAA